GUGUCUAAUUCUCCCGCUCCGUCCAUCUAUCCGUUAACCCUAGUCUCUCUCUUCCAUUCUCUCUCUUCUGCAAUUCUUCCCGUUGAACACAGACACAAGAAAACCCAAAUUCUUUGUUUUCGAAUAAUCAGAAAAAAAAAAAUAAAAAAAGAGACAAAAUCUGUAUCCACACACAUUCAUCUAUCACAAUGGGGAAGCUUUUGUGUGAUUCAACUACCGUCGCCGAACCAUUCCAAGGUUCGCCGCCGGCAGCGCUUCCAUGGCGGGAACCCAAAUCGGAGUCAAUUACAGCCGUAGAUCUCGUCGUUCCGGCUAGCGUUGGUGGUGCGACUUUCGCCGGCGGUUGGGAAGAUGUCGUCGGUCUGGAAGAGCAGCAGCGGCGCCACCUCCAGAAGCUCCACGCCAAAGGCGUGCUCUGGAAGCCGCCAGAGGCGGUAGAGGACUCGUCGUCAUCUCCGCCGUCGUCCUCCCAUCUUAGAUCCGUCGUUUUCCGGCUCUCACACGGCGGCGAGGUGUCAGCCGACGGGAACUGCCUGUUCACGGCGUCUCGGAAGGCGAUGGGAGUCGAGGAGGUGGACGCGCGCGAGCUGCGGCGGCGGACGGUGAUUCGGUUCUCGGAGGAUCUUCGAUCUGUGAGUUUUGUGGAAAGAGAGGCGAUCGAUGACGCGAUUCGACACAUGUACUCGCCAGAUCUGAAGAAUGGUUGGGGGAUUCAUGUUGUUCAGGAGGUGAAGUUGCUGGCAAAGAAGGAGGAUCGAUUUGCUCUUGAUUCGGCCAUCGACGAGCUCGUUCACCUCGGCAUGCAAAGAGAAAUGGCGGCGGAGUCUAUUUACAAAGAGAGAUGUAUUCCCGUGAAUGAUGGUCCAAGUUGGGCCAAAUACAUGUUGAUCUCUGGUUCUCCUGAUGAUGAGUAUGAUAUCAUCACUUUGCAAUAUACCGAGGAGGGUUUAUUAUCUGUAGACGAAAAUAGAGAGGGUCGUGCUGCAGCUUUCGGUGACGAUAUUGCAAUUGAAUGUCUUGCUACAGAGUUCAAGCGAGAGAUAUAUGUGGUGCAAGCCCAUGGUUCAGAUGCCAUGGUCGAGGAAGAAAAUUGUGUUUUCUUCCUUCCACAUCGUCCAAGGAGCCGAAUUACCGAACCUCCAUUCUUCCUUUUCAUGAAAGGAACAGGCUGGUGCGGUGCUGGAGCUGACCACUAUGAGCCCCUGAUUGCUCAUCCUUCCACCUUUGUUUCCCAGGAGAAGGUUGCUGUGGUACUGUGAGGUUUUCCCGACCUGCAAUUUUGUGGAAUAGAGAUUGAGUAGAAUUAGAAUUUCUUCACCCUAUUUAUGGGCCACUAUCAAAGUGUUUGCUCUGCGUUGUGGUGGUUCUCAUAUGUCUUGUCCCAAAGGAGAACCUCAUUGGGUAGCAUUUAUUUUGUUACUGACUUUAGAAUCAAUCAUCUUUGACUCUUGACAUUGGACAAGCAGGUAGGCCAUUGCCUGCGGUUUGAGCAACCCUAGAAUGUUUGUAUUAGUUUCACCGGCUUCUGUUUUGUUGUUCCUGUUGUUGAGUUAAUUAGAGGGUCAUACCGUCGAUAGGUAGUAGUGUGUUGUUCAAUUGGAAGAGUUGAGUUGUAUCUCUGUGAAUUUCAUCACAGUAAUGAAGUGGCUUCUUCUUUUCUGGGCUUCUGCAUGUGUCAUUUUUACUCUGCGAUUCACUAAGUUUUCCUAAAUUAAUAGAUGCGAGAAGCUGGUUCUCUGUCU